AUGCCACCACUGCACUGUGUCAACCCUCCCGCCACCGCGAGUCUCUUUAUCCAGCUCAGCAUGUGCCGCCGGGCCAUCGCGACCUCCCCCUCCAUCCUCGAUCUUCUCCUCCCUCUGCCAGUGCGGAGCGCCUCUGGGCCAACUCGGGCGCAUCACUCUGUGUCUACUGCACGCACUCGCAAAAUACCUCACCAAUCGGGCCCCAGCCAAAUUGCCGCGAGGAGUCCUAGAUCAUCAUGGCGUCCUUGCUCUCCCCGAGGUAAUCUCACAAGACGGAGCUUCACAACCACGAUGCCGCGGUCUGCCGCCACCACCGCUCCCCCAAGCGGUACCACCCGUGCACUCUUCAAUCCCCAAACGGACGAUGAUGGCCAGGAAAUGAUGUUGGAGAUCACUCCGCGCGCAGCCAAGCGUCUCUCCGAGAUUAUGGCCAAGGACUCAAACCCAUACCUCGCCCUUCGUAUUCAAGUAGAGUCCGGUGGCUGUCAUGGGUUUCAAUAUCUGAUGAAGCUGGUCACUCUUCCUCCUUCACUGCCUUCCUCCUCGGCAACCGACGGGGCAGCAGAGAGUACAUCCGCCAUCGGAGAAGAUGAUACUAUCUUUACCUUUGCAGCCGAUGGUUCGAGUGCCCCAACUGAUUUGACAGCUCCAAAAAUCAUUCUUGACACUCCUUCUCUUGAGCUUUUAAAGGGGAGUAAGGUGGACUUUACGAUGGAACUUAUUGGAUCGCAGUUUAAAAUCGUGGACAAUCCUCUCGCUACAAGUAGUUGUGGGUGUGGCACAAGCUUUGACAUAAAGAUAUGA